UAUUUAUUUAUUUAUUUAUUUAUUUUCAUUCAUAAUUGAGAAUAUCUAUAACCAAACAAUGGGGAAGCACCAUCACAUAAUAGUCCUAUUGUUCUAGAAUGUUGUUUGAGAUGGGGUUUAACAUACUCAGAACCUCACCAAUUCCUUCUUCCUCGAAAGCCAUCGUCCCAAUCUUCAACCCCAUUAUAACCAAAUCCAUACCAAACAUUACUAGGCCUCUCUCUCCUUCUAACUCUUUCUUCAACAACACCCACCAUUUCUCACUACUCUCUUUUCCCAAACCCAAUCCCAUUUCCAUUUCUUCUUCUGGGUUUGGUGGGUCUUGCUCUUUUCACCGCAUAAGUAAGCGUGGGCUUCGUGGUUCCACUGUUGUGGCCAUGUCCGCAUCUGGGUCGGUUCAGAAAUCCGAGGAGGAAUGGCAGGCAAUCCUCUCGCCUGAGCAGUUUAGGAUUUUGAGGCAGAAAGGAACAGAAUACCCCGGAACAGGUGAAUAUGACAAGUUCUACGAGGAGGGAGUCUAUAAAUGUGCAGGCUGCGGUACUCCACUUUACAAAUCCAAAACCAAGUUCAAUUCCGGCUGUGGCUGGCCAGCUUUCUAUGAGGGUCUUCCUGGAGCCAUAAACCGAACUACGGAUGCAGAUGGAAUGAGGAUCGAAAUUACUUGUGCAGCUUGUGGUGGUCAUCUCGGUCAUGUUUUUAAAGGAGAAGGUUUCCCAACUCCAACGAAUGAACGCCAUUGCGUGAAUAGUGUUUCUCUAAGUUUUGUUCCUGCAAACUCAGAUUCUUCUCUCUGAGUUCUUUAUAUGUCAUUUGAAGUUUAAGUUUGCUCUUGUUCAUAAUAAAGAUUAAUCAUGGAAUAAAUUUUACUGUAUUUUUAUGUUCUAUUUACUUAUAUAUAUAAUUACAUAUAGGGGUUUUAAAGUUAAAA